CCCGGGACUAACCACACCCCCACCCCCGGCCCCCGGGUAGGAGCAUCACCGGGUCCGGGCUAUUCAGCAAAGCGGGGUGGGCUGAUGGUGGUGGGGGAAGCACAGAGAAGGAGUGAGAGCGAUAGCGAACCAGAAACAGAAUGAUACAAUAGGGACAUAGCCAGAGACACAGUGAGAGAGAGAGAGAGAGAGACACAGAGAGAGAGAGAGAGAGAGACACACACAGAGAGAGAGAGAGACAUAGAGACACAGAGAGAGAGACACAGAGAGAGAGAGACACACACAGAGAGAGAGAGAGAGAGACACAGAGAGAGAGAGACACACACAGAGAGAGAGAGACACAGAGAGAGAGAGAGACACACAGAGAGAGAGAGAGAGACACACAGAGAGAGAGAGACACACACAGAGAGAGAGAGAGACACAGAGAGAGAGAGAGAGAGACACGCGCGCGCACAGAGACACAGAGAGAGAGAGAGACAGAGACAGCCACACACAGAGAGCGAGAGAGAUAGAGAGACACAGGUGCAGAGAGAGACACAGAGCGUGAGACAGAGAGAGAGAGACACACACAGAGAGAGACAGUUUCAGAGAGAGAGAGAGAGAGAGAGAUAGAGGCGCACAGGUGCAGAGAGAGGCACAGAGACACGCAGAUACAGAGAUAGUGAAAGAGCUGAACCCCCCUCUCCUCCCCUCCCCCCUCCCCCACACUCGGGCCGGGGGCGGUCGCCGCUGCCGCACAGGAAGACUCCAGCACAGUGACGUGCGAAUAAGAUCUCUCUCCCCCUCUCUCGCUCUCUGCAACCAACCUAGAGCGGCUGGAGUUCACCGCCACUGCCAGUGAGCCCGAAGCCCGGGGACGAAAGGAUUAGCUGGGCACUGUCCAGGCGAAGCGGCUUUGCUGAAGGUGCACGGAGACCGUGUCCGCAAUCCCGUAACCCCGGCUCUCCGCCUACUCCUGGCCGCCAUGUCCCAGGUCCUACCUUACAAUGAGGAGAAGAUUGCGCAUUAUGGUGAGGAGGUGGGUCAGAUCUCCUUCACUUGCCGCCUACAGGACACCAACAACUUCUUCGGAGCCGGCCAGAACAAACGGGCGCCCAAACUGGGCCAGAUUGGGAGAAGCAAGCGGGUUGUCAUCGAAGAUGACAGAAUUGACGAUGUGCUGAAAAAUAUGAGCGAGAAGUCCCCUCCGGGUGUUUAAAAAUGCCGAAAGAGUGUGCCGAUCAACAACACACACAAAAAAACAUUCAAACAAGUCCCAUCUUUUCGUUGGCGAGAAAAGCACUUUGAGACGCAGAACUAACCUUUACUUAUAAAAGCUGUGAUACACAAUGCUAAAACAAACUAACUAUUGUAUCUGACGCUGGGAGGCAAAGUGUGAGGCCAGGUCCGAGAGGGAGUUAAGGAAUGAGUAAUGUUGGUCCAAAAUUGAACCUUCUAAGGUAAUGUGCAAGAAUGACUUGUUCUUGACCGCUCAGAGCAUCAUGGAAUGUGCAGAUGUCAGGGCAAGCCGGAAAAGAAGCGGGAGAACGAUGUAGCAAGCACAUACUGUCUAUUGAUCAAACCUUUAUAUUGUAUUGCCAGCAGCUAUCUUGUUAUGAAUGGAGCACCUUGUUUACAUUAUCUUGCGAAUACUGUAAUUUUGUGCACUUUGGAUGUAAAAUAUUAUUUUUAUUCUCCUUUAUUGCGUUGUUGGAAAUUGUUUAAGACAAAAACAUUUUAUAGGAAUGGAGAAAUAUUAUUUCAUUUUGAGUUCAAACCUGUGUGCAGCUUGAUUUGAUUUCUUGUUGCAAUAUACUGCGGCCUGCUGCGUUGAAAGUGAGAUCUUUUCUAUUUUAGGAUUUAUAAACCAUAAUGUAUCCUACAGUGAGAUCGUUAGGAGAUGUUUUGUUAUCGUGGCAGUAAUAUACUUUCUAUAUUGUAUGAAGCAUCAUCACGACAGUGCCAAAUAUUUCGAGAACGCCAAAAAAGGCGAGUUUCUCUCUGCUCUCCGUGAAUGUAUUCAGUACCGCUACUUGGCUGCCAUUUUUUUUAUGUUAAAGGACUGUUAUUAUUUGGUGAAUUUCUUGUUCUGCAUGAUAAUAUAUAAAAUGCCUCGUGUGAGGCCGUCUAUAAAUCAUUAUAGAUCUUGUCUGAAACGUUGAAUGACAGACCUCGAUUUUUUUUUCUCUGAAUUGAAUCUAUGAAUAUCUGUUUGCACCUCUUUCCUCUCUACAGGGCUAUUCAGCAAAGUAUUAAUAAAAGGUAAAAGCUU